CGAACAAACUCCUUAAAAGUUAAAAAAACCACUCAAAAGUCUCUCUUUUCCAACCGACCCACUUGAGAAUUUCAAGAUUUUACUAUUUUCCAUCUCUCUCAUCCCUCAAUACCCACAAUCAAAUUUCCAUGCUUUAACUCAAAACAAUCGAAAACUUUCAAAUUACCCUCCUCACUCUUAAACAUUCUCAUAGCCCAAAAAAGCGAACUUUUUCUUUUUCCCCUCUUAACUCCAUGGAAGUUCAAGUACCUUUUAUUCAAGCAGAGAACUCUUCUUCACCAAACCCAGAAGAAGAAGAAGAACCAAAAGAAACCCAACUCAACAAAUCUCUCCACCUUCUUGAAACCUUCCUCAGAGUCUUGGGUUUCUGUCAAUACUCGUUUCUGAGCUUCACACUCUCAUGGGUCUCGUUUCUUCUUCUGGGUGUUUUUCUUCCGCUUCUAAUCAUAGAGAUCUCUUACUGUUCUUCUGACUGUGAGAAGUACCAGAUCAAGGUCUUUGAGCUUGAAAUUCUGGUUUCCCAGUCUCUUGGAGCCGCCAUUUCUCUGCUUUGCGUUUCUCACAAUCUUCGAAAGUAUGGGGUUCGGAGGUUCUUGUUUGUGGAUAAGUGUCAUGGUCACAUGACCCAGUUUCGUGAAGAGUAUACAAAGAAGAUCAGAGGCUUCUUCCGGUUAUUGUUGGUGUGGGUUUUACCUUGCUUCCUUUUGAAGGCUGCCCGUGAAGUCUUGAGGAUCAGAUAUGUUGAUAAAGACUCUUGGUGGCAAUCUGCUGCUAUAAUAUUUGGUUUGCUCUUCUCUUGGACCUUUUCCAGUAUAAUCUUCCUGUCAGGCAGUUGUUUGUUCAAUUUGGUCUGCAACUUGCAAAUCAUACACUUUGAGAAUUACGGGAAGCUUUUAGAAAGGGAUUUGGAUGUCUCGGCAUAUAUCGAAGAGCAUGUUCGUCUAACUCAUCAUCUCUCCAAAAUUAGCCACAGGUUCCGAAUAUUUCUUCUGCUAGAGUUCUUAAUUGUCACAGCUAGUCAGUUUGUGGCCUUGUUGCAGACCACGGGGAACCGCGGAAUCAUCAACUUCAUCAAUGGCGGCGACUUUGCAGUCACCUCUAUCGUCGAGCUUGUUGGGAUCAUCAUUUGCCUGCAUGCGGCCGCCAAGAUUUCACAUCGAGCGCAAGCUCUUGCGUCGGUUACCAGCAGAUGGCAUGCUUUAGUUACGUGCAAUUCCAGCAACCUUUCUCAAUCAAACAAUGGUGGAAAUAUGGAGGCUUCUUUUACAUCAGGAUCUGGAUCGAUGCCCAUAAACUACUCAGAAAGUGAUUUGGAGGCUGUUGACUUUGUGCCGGUUCCUGCAAACACUCAAUUGGCUUCCUAUAUGUCCAUGUACCACAAAAGACAAGCUUUUGUAACUUACACGCUGUCCCAUCGUGGCGGAGCUACUAUAUUUGGAUGGACGGUCGAUCGCGCACUCAUCAGUACUAUCUUCUUUGUCGAACUAUCGCUGGUUCUAUUUGUGCUAGGGAAGACCAUAACUUUCAGUUUCACUAGCAGCACCAAAUGACAAGUUCGUGAUCCUGGCAAGUCGUUUGCCUAUAAUUAGUGUUAAAGGACUAGCAUGACUCAGUGUAACAAGGCCUUAGUUGGAUUUUAUUUUAUUUGCAUAUCGGAUAUCGCAAAAAUAUACAUUUUAGCAUAUUUUUGCGGCUGAAACAAGAUGAGAGACACAACUCCAUUUGACGCAGCAGCAGCCGCUGCUUACUUUUUUAGAAUGUUUAAGAAUGAUGAAAUAGGUUGAAGUAGCAGUAUUAUAUUUUCUUUAGCUAUCUCUUAGUAUAGCAACCCAAAAGUAAAACGUUUUGAAGGUGUAAUGUUAACAUUCAUGGGCCGGUGUUUUUCAGAGCGAAAAAGGAUUAU